AUGGUUGCGUUGAUUACCGCUCUUCCUGCUGCGGAUUCCGUUGAAGCAUUUGCGCGAUAUCAAAUUAAAAGAAAAAUGUGUUAUGGAGUAGACCCCUACUCGGUGAAAACUGUUCAGACGGAUAUUCCAUUGAAUGUGACAUUUCCGAAGAUUUACCAGUUUCUUGUAUUGGAUCCUAAUCCUUUCACUGGGGAACCUAAGGAUUGUUCGAAGGCGAUGGAUGCCAUACUUUUUUUCAAGAAUGGAUGGGUGAAAAAUCUCGCCGGUGGCAAGGUACAAGACAUGUAUAUUGUACACGGAAAAGUGCACCAUUCGUUCGCUCUCAAUGAAAAACCUCUUGAGCCAUGGAUCAUUGUUCAAGAAGACGGCACAAUUCAAGCAGCCCACUGUACGUGUGCCAUUGGAUUACUUGAGGCAUGUAGGCAUGUAGGUGCUACGUUAUUUGCGUUGGAUGGUGUAAGGACAGCCGUGCUUGAAAAAAAGUUAUCCGUUACUGAUCUCCCAGCAUACUGGAAGAAACCACCGGCUUCGAUAACGAAUAAUCUUUACAAGCCGAUUGCUGAAGUAGAUCUGGGAAGAAAAAUUACCCGCAAUUUCACCGUACGUGAUACCGCUUCCAUCUCGGCUUCAAAUCAAUCUCGGUGCUGCGACUUAUUAAACAAUUUAAAAGCAGAUGGAAUGCACGUUGCAGGUAUGUCACUGUUCUGUGGAGAUCCUCAAGUUGAUUUUGAGUGUUCUUCAUGCGACGACGACAAGCGAGUUGCAGAUAAGCUAGAAUCGUUCGAUCUAAGCAAAUACUUCAACGAACGCUUCAAAGGAAAAUCCAUUCACGAACUGCGAAAUAUUGCGGAUUCCAUCUUCCAUCAGCUACCGCGUAAACGCGAGCUAAUACAACUGGUUGAGCAGCACACCUUAGGUCAAAAAAACAGUAAAUGGUGGAUGAUGUUGCGUGUAGGACGCAUCACGGCUUCCGUGCUUAAGGAAGUUUGCUGCACGUUUCCUAAUAAACCAUCGCUUUCUCUUGUACGGAAAAUUUGCUACCCUGAUCAAACCAGAUUUUCCACGCCUUCAGUAAAAUACGGAAUAAAGCACGAGGAGCGAGCAGUAGAGCAGUUGUAUAAAGCCAUCAUGCAUACUCAUGUUAAUGUUUCCAGACACCAGUCCGGAUUAAUCAUACCGGAAAAUGAACCUCAUUUAGCUGCAUCUCCCGAUGCUAUUGUUAAAUGCGAUUGCCAUGGACUGAUCACCGUGGAAGUAAAGUGCCCUUACUCAGCCAGGCAAAAUGAAGAUAUCAUCAAUGUUCUUAUGAGUUUCAAAGAUCCAUAUAUUCGGCGAGAUCAUAACGGAAACGUGACCCUUAACACUCACCACAAGUAUUUCCUUCAAGCACUCAUGCAGGUGCAUGUUGCAAACGCUGCUUUUGGCUACUUCUACGUGUGGGCUCCGAAAAAUUCGUUGAUUUUUGAAGUAAAAACUAAUGACGAGUAUUGGAGCUAUUGCAAACGUAAAGCCACCGUGUUCCACAAAAAUGUCAUCAUUCCUGAACUGCUGUCAAAAUGCUAUACAGCACAAAAAACUUAA